ACACUUGAAACCACAAGACUUCACCGAUACAGCAACACGUUAUUUGAGAAAGAAAAGAAAAGAAAUCAAUGUCUAUGGAGAAGAACAAAGCAUUGCAAAAUACGGAAGCUCAAUGCAUGAUGGAAAAGAAAGCUUUGGCUAUUGAGAAGAUCAAUGCAUAUAUGCAAAAACUGAAUUCUUUAGAAAAGAAAUUCGAUCCAUUGCCUCAUUUUACUUUGCAUUGUGUGUUAUCUCAAAUUUCUCCACAAUUUUAUACCAAAGAUGAGUUAACACAAAUAGAGAAAAUCAAUCAAACCUCAUGUCAACAAAGGAAAGUGAAAAAAGUACAAGUUAAUAGCAAACAAAGGUAUCGUCCAGACAAUGAAGAUAUCUCUGAUGGAGAAAGAAUAGUGAAAUCAAAGUCCGCAAUUAGGAGGAAACCAAUCAUUCGUAAGGAAAAAACUCCCCUAUCACCACCACCAGAAUUGCCUAAUCAUGUUAAUAACAUGAUCACAGUGUUGAAUGGUAAUGAUAUUAAAUAUAUCAUGUGUAAAACAUUGUUUAUGUCUGAUCUCAGCUAUAACAACAAUCGUCUUUCAAUGCCAAUUACACAAAUUAGAUCUGAUUUUCUCACAGAAAUAGAAAAGACAAUCUUAGAAACAAGGGAUCAAGAAGGAAAGCCGGUCGGUUUAAAAGUGAUUGUGUUAGAUCCUUAUUUUAACGAAUUCCCAUUAUCUUUGAAGAAGUGGAAUAUGAGCACUACUAGUGUUUACAAUCUUGUUCAGGAUUGGUCACCUAUAUUAUUGGAGAAUAAUUUUAAAGAGAAUCAAAAACUUGAUAUUUGGUCAUUUAGGGUCAACGAUAAGUUGUACUUUUUACUCGACACUAAGAUGCAAGAAAUUGAAAAAAGUGGAGAAAAGUCGAAGAAUUCAAUUGAUCUCAAAAAUGAAAGAUCGAAGAAAUCAAAGGACGAGAAUUGUGAACUCCAACCAGAAAGAGUUUGA